AUGGAUGAGCGCAAUGAGCCAAAGCAUGAUGCUCGCGGCGCUCUACAUUACUCUGGCACCGGGGCCAGAUCACCAGACCGAGACGAUGAAGACGGAAGAGCCGAGUCGUCGAACAAGUAUCGAAGAAUCGACCAGGAGGGUGCCAGAGCCUCGACGGCUUCCGAGCAAAGCAGCCGUUUUCUGUUUGUCGACUCGUCCGCGAGUGGGCAGCGACCACGUUCUGACCAGCGAGCAAUCAAUGCGCACAUUCAACAGACUGCGCAUAGAAACCGCAAGAAGGCCGCACAGAAGCAGACGACGACAGGAGCGGCGAAUAUAGGACGGUAUCGACGUGAGCCACAGUUGCAACCGCGUCCUAUCGAGCCUCAACCCACCUCUCCUGUGACGCUUGAGCGACAGAACCCUCUGCAAUCACGACGAUCGAUCAGUCGUGAAAACUCUUCGGCACCACGAUCAUCACUCAGUCCCCCAACGGAGGUUGUUGGUCGCGUUCCACCGGCCUCAGCACGAGCGGAUUCCCUUCCAGAAAUUGACCAUGCGCACUUGGACCGGUUACGGCACUACAGCAGCGUCCGUGCAGCGGAAGUUCGUGAGGCCAUCACCGCUCAGCAACAGUCACCGAAUGUAUCGACAGAAAUCGCUCGGCGGGAGGCUUCUCAGGUCGAGGCCACGUCGGUGAGGUCUAUGCUUACACAGAUUCUACAACGGCUGGAUGGUGGUCAUGCGGGCCGCUUGAUUCAACCCUCUAUCACUUCCUCGCUGAAUAACACUCUCCUUGACCCUUUCAAUCUCAGCUCUGUACAUAUUACACCAAGCAUGAAUGCUGUUUUACGCCAUUUUUCCGAAGUUAUGAUACCCAGUGUAUUUCCCACGCGACACCAAGCCGAAAUCCAAAGUCGAUGGGCUUUCCAAAAUGCCGCACAAGAGCCACUGGUGCUGUACUCGCUUCUGGCAAUUGCGUCGGCCGAGCGCAGUUCGCGCUUGGGCCAGCUACGAAGUGGUUCGAUUGAGACAACAUUCACCGAAGCAGACCUCGAAAAUCGCAGCGUGCCGGAUUUUGUCUCGUACAAAGUGAACGCCGUGAGGAUUGCAAAUGAAACCAUGAAAUCGAUGGAAAAGGCCACGCAGGCAUCGACAAUUUUUGCCAUGAUGUGUUUGCUUUCGAUCGAGGUUAUUACGGGAAACUCAAAAGAAAUCUUUGCGCAUGUUUCUGGACUGCAAAAGCUGAUCGCCUGGCGAGGCGGGUAUCAUGGGAUACCUCCUCAUGCUACCGAGCUCAUUCUGUCGACCUCGUACAUGUGCGCUGCCCUAACACGAUCGUUGCCUGCGGCUCCUCCGACGUCGACACUGUCUGCCCUCCCUGCGAGCUUGGUCGAAGAAAUCCGGCAAAACGUGAGCGAGGAUGUCAAAAAAAUGGGCAUGGGGCUCUUGACCCCGGAAAUCGAUGCCAUCAUGGACUGGAGAAUAUCACAAGCGUUUCGGGACAUGAAGGACGUCGUCCAAUACCGUGAAUACUACCACGAGAAGCAGCUGGUCCCCGUGCCAGAGGAGAACGAAUACAUCAACGCCAAGAGCUACCAUUUCCGGUACGCAGCCUUGUCCGCGCCGUUCGAGCCGCGAGAGCCGGCCAGCGACAAGGAAGAGGCCUGUCGUCUGGCGAUGCUGAUUUUCUGGUUCAGCAACUUCCAGAUCUCGCGCCCGGAGUUCGCCCUCAACCGGGCACUGACCGCGCAACUCAAGGCGGCCCUGCAAGCUUCCGACUUGAAGGGUCUCUGGGGUCCGCACUAUGAACUCUUCGUCUGGGUUCUCCUGCUCGGGGCGUACAUAUCCGCGGGACAGCGAGAGAGGCCGUGGUUUGUCCUGAAUCUCGCGCGGGUCUCUAGAGUGCUCCGUUUGCAGAGCUGGGAGGAUGUUCGCCAAGUUCUGUUGAAGUUUUUCUAUCUCGACCGCAUCUACGCCGAGGGCAUGCGGCAGAGUUGGGAAGAAGCGGCGCUGUUGGCGGAGACGCUGGAGGCCGGGCUGUGA